CGCCGGAGAACACGCGGGUGGCGCGCCGUGUGCCUGGGUUCCAUUACCGGCGUCGGGUAUCUAGUCGUAUUGCGAUAUAGGGUUGUGAAGUGUUUUUCACAGAAGUGAAACAACUAUGGCUGAAGUAAUGGAGGUGGUCAACUCGGAUGGCGCUGGUGACGCUGAGGCGCUGAAGGCCAAGAAGGAGCAAGAGAAAGUCGGCUGUGAAGAGAUGACCUCCAAAGACUACUAUUUCGACUCUUACGCCCAUUUCGGCAUCCAUGAGGAGAUGCUGAAGGACGAGGUGCGGACACUCACCUACCGCAACUCGAUGUACCACAACCGGCACCUGUUCAAAGACAAGGUGGUGCUGGAUGUGGGCUGCGGCACGGGCAUCCUGUCCAUGUUCGCCGCCAAGGCCGGCGCCAAGAAGGUGAUCGGCGUCGACUGCUCCAACAUCGUCGACCACGCCAAGACCAUCGUCAAGGCCAACAAGCUCGACCACGUGGUGGAGAUCCUGAAGGGCAAGAUGGAGGAGAUCACGCUGCCCGUCGACAAGGUGGACAUCAUCAUCUCCGAGUGGAUGGGUUACUGCCUCUUCUACGAGUCGAUGCUGGACACGGUGCUGUACGCGCGCGACAAGUGGCUGGCGCCGGGCGGCAUGAUGUUCCCCGACCGCGCCACCCUCUUCAUUACCGCCAUAGAGGACCGGCAAUACAAAGACGAUAAGAUCAACUGGUGGGACGACGUGUACGGCUUCGACAUGAGCUGCAUCCGCGAGGUGGCCGUCUCCGAGCCGCUGGUGGACGUGGUGGACCACAAACAGGAGUGA